UGGUUCUUCACCAUGGCUUCUCACAAGACCUUCAGGAUCAAGCGAUUCCUGGCCAAGAAACAAAAGCAAAAUCGUCCCAUUCCACAAUGGAUUCAGAUGAAAACUGGCAAUAAAAUCAUGUACAACUCCAAGCGGAGACAUUGGAGACGAACCAAAUUGGGUCUAUAA